AACCCCUGGAAUCAAAACUUCACGCUCUACAUGACGGAUGGCAGCAAAUUCGAAGUCGGCAUGAGCGAUCUGGAUUACUACAGGACAUACGCCAUCAGGAUCUGCAUCAACUUCGCUUCUCAGGUCGGAGCCUCUCUCAUGCUGUUGAUAGUACUUUUCGUGCUCACCAGACGCGAGAAGCGGGCCGCUCCCGUCUUCGUCCUCAACGCUUCCUGCUUGCUGGUCAACUCCAUUCGUUCGAUCCUGCAAUGCCUCUACUUCACCGGCCCCUUCUACAGCCCUUAUACGUAUUUCUCUGGCGAUUACUCGCGGGUUCCAAAGAGCGAGAUAGGAGUUUCCAUCUCGGCAAACACUCUUACGCUGAUCCUGGUCAUGCUCGUUAUGACGUCCUUGGUGCUCCAGGUCCGAGUGAUGCUCAUCACAGCAUCCAAGAUCCAACGUUUCUGGACGAUGGUCAUCACGACCUCAGUAGCCCUCCUUACUAUCGCCUUCCGCUUCGCCUUGGUCGUUCUCAGCAACGAAACCAUCAUGAACAUCGAAGGUUUCUACGAUAUGCAGUGGUUCUUGAACGCAACCUACAUCACACAGGCCGUGUCCAUCUGGUUCUUCUGCGUCAUCUUCGUCGUCAAGCUCGGCUUCGCCCUCUCUCAGCGCAAGAAGCUCGGAAUCCAGCAACUAGGACCUAUGCAAAUCAUCUUCAUCAUGGGCUGCCAGACGAUGAUCGUACCAGCCAUCUUCACCGCUCUCAACUACGCCUACUCCGUGCUUGAGUUUGCGUCGCAGACCCUCACCAUCGUCUGCCUCUUCCUCCCCCUCUCCGCCAUUUGGGCCGGCACCGCCGUCGACGACCGCAGAAUCGCUGUCCGCGGCCCAGACGCGCACCGCAAGCUCCUAGGUGCCUUCGGCAAGACCAUAAACACCGGCAGCGCAAACACAGCCUCGACGUCCAACACCUCCCACUCUCACACCCGAACACCCUUGGAAAGCCCCACGUCGAUCUACAAGUCGUCUGAGAAGAACCAGCACGACAUCCGCGUUGAGACGGCCUUCGAUGUCGCACGCGACGGCGACAUGGUCUGAGCGCCCCGAGAAGACCAUCGUUUAUCGACGGAAGUUAGGUGUCACAUAUUGGGGGCUUGCGGCUUCGGUGUUAUAUAUGGGGAGAUUGAGGAUCGAUGGCUUCGAGAAAGCAUCAGGUGUGCAUGUGGGAGUAAAGAAGCGAUGGUUUGCAUUCUGCAUGCCACUCAUUGGGCGCUCAUUUCGGGAUUACUUACAAUCUUUUACAUACUUUUCUUCUUCCUCUCUCACGAGACUACUCUUUUUCUUUCAUGUCCAGCUGGGAAUACACUUAGCUUAGUAAUUCGUGCCGGAGCAGUUUGGCUGAUUUUGAGGGGUGGGCCUCUUCAAUGCUUGCUGUGGUUGGCACGCAUUAUAUAUAUGUAGCAGUAGCUUUAGAUAAGCGGCUGAUUAGGUCCAUAUGGAUGUUCACUGC